AUGUCUCACCACUCCGGACAUGGCAGCCACGGGCACAGAAACUUCACCUCUUCCUCAGCUUGUUUACCAGCUGUGAGCAAACACAGCUUCGGCUCCAUCGCUACUAAGAAAGUCUCUGUUGGCCACAAGAUGGUUCCUUCAUAUAGCAGCAAAAGUGUCUACAGUGUUGUGUCCGGUGGACAUAAGUUGUCAUCUGGGCUGAAGGCUGGGCAUGGAUAUAGUUUUGCUGGAAUUGGACAUGGACUGAGCUCUGCUAGCUAUGGAUAUGGUGGAUCAUUUUGCUCCUCUGGUAUUACACCAGUUACCGUUAACCAAAGUCUCCUGGCCCCUCUCAAUUUGGAAAUUGAUCCCAACAUCCAGAGAGUCAGAAUUGAUGAAAAGGACCAAAUUAAAGGACUGAAUAACAAAUUUGCUACUUUCAUAGAUAAGGUAAGAUUCCUAGAACAACAGAAUAAGAUGCUGGAGACCAAGUGGGCACUUUUGCAAGAGAAGAAACCUGCCAAGAGCCACAUUGAGCCCCUGUUUGAAGCUUACAUCAGUAACCUCAGGAAACAGCUGGAACACCUAGGAAGUGAGAGAGCUCAUCUGGAGGCAGAAAGAAGAAACAUGGAAGAUGCAGUAGAGGAAUUCAAGAAGAAGUAUGAAGAAGAGAUCAACAGGCGCACAGCUGCAGAGAAUGAGUUUGUUGGGCUUAAGAGAGAUGUUGAUGCUGCAUUCAUCAAUAAGGCAGAACUGCAAUCUAAAGUGGACUCCCUCACCGAUGAGAUCAACUUCCUGCGCGCACUCUUUGAUGCGGAAAUUGCUCAGCUCCAAGCUCAGAUCUCAGAUAUUUCAGUUAUUGUGUCCAUGGACAACAGCAGAGACCUGGACAUGGAUAGCAUCAUCGCUGAGGUCAAAGCUCAGUAUGAGGAGAUCGCAAACAGAAGCAGAUCUGAGGCUGAAGCCAUGUACCAGUCAAGGUAUGAGGAGUUGCGAAUGACAGCUGGAAAACACGGGGACGAUCUGCGUAACACCAAGCAUGAAAUCACUGAACUCACCCGCCUGAUCCAGAGACUGAAGGGUGAAAUCGAGAGUGUCAAAUCACAGCGUGCCAAACUGGAAUCUGCCAUAACAGAAGCAGAAGAACGUGGUGAAGCUGCUGUCAAAGAUGCCAAGCAUAAGCUGGCUGAGCUGGAGGCUGCUCUACAGAAGGCCAAGCAGGACAUGGCCCGCCAACUGAGAGAAUACCAGGAACUGAUGAAUGUCAAACUGGCUCUAGAUAUUGAGAUUGCCACCUACAGGAAACUUCUGGAAGGGGAAGAGGGCAGGAUGGUUGGAGAAGGACAUGGAUCUGUUAGCAUCUCUGUGGUUAACAACACUACAGGACACAGUUCUGGCAGCCAGCACCACCACAUUGGAGGAGGAUUCAGCUCCAGCAGCCUUUCCAAGGGGAAGCACGGACAUCACCUUUAG